AUGAGCAAUCAGCAGCGUAAUGACAAGAAAUCACUGUUGAAUAAAAAGAAAACAAAGCUUUACAACAGCCGUAACAUUAAAGCACAAAAUCAGGAUGCUUCCUACGACCAGCAAGACACGAAAUUGAAUGUGCCUGAAUUCAUUGAGUCAAGAAAGUACGAGAUCAAUGCAUUUGAAUUGUCCCAAUUGAAAAGCAAACAAGCAUUGAACUCACGGUGCUUCCAGAAUUUGCCUCGGCUGAUGAGACGAAGAGCUGCGUCUCAUCACAUAAGUCGAAUUCCAAAACGAUUGCGAUCAAAGGCGCUACGAGAGAUGAAAGGAGCUAAAACUCCUUCAGGAAAGGUACCCAAGGGAAGAAGGCUAUACAAAUUGUUGCAAAAACAGAAAACUUUGAAGGUGGCAUCAAAGUUGAAGAAGGAAAGAUGCAAUCCUGGUGAAAUUUGGACAAAGUGCAAUAUACGUGCUCAUCAUAAAGAAAUUGCAGACGAGUUGCAGCAGUUGUGGAAGUCCCGUGAGAAAAAGCUUAAUAAUUCUGUUGGAUCUUUUGACCAUUCAGCGAGUUUUUGUAUAGCUCGACCCCCACGAAGGAGCAUCAAGUAUGGUAAAAGACAGCAAAAGUUUGCCUGGAUACCAAGCCAUAUUUGGCAUGCAAAGCGGUUCAAGAUGUCGAAAAAGUUUGACUUCCAAGUUCCAUAUACGCCUACACAAAAGUGUUUCAAGUUUAUGAAUAGGCAAAAUAAGUAUAGGGCAGUAUGUUUUGACACGUCCUAUAGAGGGUCAUUGAGUCUCAACUGGGUCCUGGAAGACAGCUUGUAUCAAUUUUUACGAGCAUUAUUGAACAAAACCUAUGUUCCAGGAUUAGUGAUGAAUGGAAAUAGGUCGUACACUGGUGUGAUGUAUAUCCAAGGCAAACCUAGCGCUUUUGGAACUAUUUUUAUUUCCCGAGAAACUCGCUGCAUGCUAUUGCAAAUACAAACUGAAAACUACGGGGAAUUUUUAAGGAAGUUACGGGAAUACAUUUUAGCAGCUGGUCUACGUUUAGACUUUUGCGAUUGCCGUUACAGUUUAGGCAGCAUUGAUUUAUCAGGACCCUCGAGUUUGGAGUAUUUGAGCAAGGUUUUACAUUUGCGGGAUGCAUCAGCGGAAGUAAUGAAUAUUUGGGCGUCCAUAUCCUCCCACAGAGAUAACUCUUUGAUACCAGUAGGGACCACACUAACGUUUGAAAUCUACGAUCCACGUCUUUGGAGUAAGCCGACAAAAUUCCCCAUAAAGAGCACUCAAGAUAUCUACGAUACAGUAGUGCAACUUAAUAACGAGCGUGUUACUAGUGACGUAACCAUUGCCUCGUUGUUGUCUUCUGAAGGGAGAUAUGCAUCUUAUGAAAACCAAUUAUCAAUCAAAGAUUUAGGAAGGAUUCAAAGUCACGGAACCCCAUUUGAAAAAGUGCUGCAUAGCAAAAUUCCACUUUUGUUGACCAAGACUGCGCCACAGACGUGGUCUUUAAUUUGCCCUUGGUUUUGGACUUUACCGAUUUGGAUUCAAUUGGUGAAGAUUCCCGGUAUUAAACCUGGCGGAUUGAAACAGAUGUAUCAGUUUAAUUUUGAAAACCACAAUCCUACGUACCCAUACGAUUACCCAUGGAGCGACGAAGGUCAAAAGUACAAUUGCAUGAUUGGAGAUUUGAGUAGAGACACUGAUGCUAAAAAGCCCAAGAAACAAAUGUCUUUACAGAAAGCCGAGGAACGAUUCAGUACCCUUUAUGAUGCUUACACUUGUGAUUGGUAUAAUUUAAGAAAUGCAAGGAACACUCUAAGUAAGAUAGAGAGUGAAUGGCAUCAAUACUGGGAUGCUGACAAUAGAAUUCACCCCGAUGCAUUUGCAAACGAAUUAGCUUCUACUGUCUUUGAGAACAGAGCUGAUGAUAAACACAAAAGUGUUGUCCGACUUAUGACUCCUUCUAACUAUAACCUGAAUGUAGCGAUGUUAGGGGAUUAUAGGGUUAGAGACUUGCCAGUGACCCCAAUCGCACUCAAAAUAUUAGGCGAAGGUGUGAUUGAAAACAAUGCUCGAAUAUAUGAAAACAAAGUCUGCAAGGAUGAACAUGUGGUGGGAUUUGUGACUACAGGCGGGUUUAAUUUGAACGAAGGCAAGUGCACAGGAGUUGGAGCAGUUUUCUUUACAAAUAACAUGCUGAAGAAACCAAAGGAUCCAAUUUUUGUUAGAAAUCCAGGAAAAGAGUUGAUGUAUGCCUGUGAAUACGAAUGUAUAAAACAAUAA